AUAUAAAUUCGUUAACAUUAUAAAAUCCUUUAGCAACCGUGGAGAAAGUCGAACAAGAAACCAGGUAGUUCCAAGUUCCUGAGACAAAGAUUAAAAUGAGAGAAAUUGUACAUCUCCAAGCUGGUCAGUGUGGAAACCAAAUAGGAGCUAAGUUUUGGGAGGUCAUCUCAGAUGAGCACGGUAUUGACCCAACAGGAACCUACCAUGGAGAUUCAGAUUUACAGUUAGAAAGAAUUAACGUCUACUACAAUGAAGCUACAGGGGGAAAGUAUGUACCACGUGCUGUCUUGGUUGAUUUGGAACCUGGUACAAUGGAUUCCGUCCGAUCUGGACCAUUUGGUCAAAUUUUUAGACCAGACAACUUUGUUUUCGGACAGAGUGGUGCAGGAAACAAUUGGGCCAAGGGACAUUACACAGAGGGUGCUGAACUUGUAGACUCUGUUCUCGAUGUUGUCAGGAAAGAGGCAGAAAGCUGCGAUUGUCUUCAGGGAUUUCAGCUGACACAUUCACUUGGCGGUGGUACCGGAGCAGGAAUGGGAACACUCCUUAUCUCCAAAAUCCGUGAAGAAUACCCAGACAGAAUCAUGAACACAUUCUCAGUUGUUCCAUCACCUAAAGUAUCAGACACAGUCGUUGAACCAUACAAUGCCACACUCUCCGUACAUCAACUGGUAGAAAACACAGAUGAAACAUACUGCAUCGACAACGAGGCUCUAUACGAUAUCUGUUUCAGAACCCUUAAACUGACCACACCAACAUACGGGGAUCUUAACCAUCUUGUCUCCGCAACAAUGUCCGGUGUCACAACUUGUCUCCGAUUUCCAGGUCAGUUGAAUGCCGAUCUCCGUAAAUUGGCCGUAAAUAUGGUUCCAUUCCCUCGUCUUCAUUUUUUCAUCCCUGGAUUCGCUCCCCUGACAUCACGUGGUAGCCAGCAGUACAGAGCUCUAACUGUUCCAGAACUGACACAACAGAUGUUUGAUGCCAAGAACAUGAUGGCAGCUUGUGAUCCCCGUCACGGCAGAUACCUCACAGUUGCUUGUAUGUUCCGUGGUCGUAUGUCAAUGAAGGAGGUUGAUGAACAAAUGUUGAACGUACAGAACAAGAAUAGCAGCUACUUCGUUGAAUGGAUUCCCAACAACGUCAAGACAGCCGUCUGUGACAUUCCACCACGUGGUCUCAAGAUGUCUGCCACAUUUAUUGGAAACAGCACUGCCAUCCAGGAACUCUUUAAGAGAAUCUCAGAACAAUUUACCGCUAUGUUCCGUCGUAAGGCUUUCCUGCAUUGGUACACUGGCGAGGGUAUGGACGAAAUGGAGUUUACAGAAGCCGAAUCUAACAUGAACGAUUUGGUCUCUGAAUAUCAACAGUACCAGGAUGCAACAGCAGAAGAAGAAGGUGAAUUUGACGAGGAGGAAGAAGAAGAAGACCAACAAAAGUCAUAAAAAAAUAAUGGACAACUUUUAUUUCUUCUCAAAUUGUCUUCAAAAUUAAUAUAAGAUACCGAAUAUUUUUACUCUAAUUACUGAUAAAUAUUUGAUUUAAUACCUUAUUUAAAUUUAAUUGAAUAACGAAUGACUCAUUGUGUGUUCCAGUAAAUUUUUUGUUUGUUUUUAUAUUUUUUUCUGUCAGUUAUGUUUUGGUAUAGUUCUGUAAUGCCAAAGUAAUUGAAUUAACUUGGUUUUUUUUUCGCUUUUUCGCUCUUUCUGGAAAUAAAAUCUUUUAAUAAUCAA